GGCUUCUUGAUCUGUAUCGUUUCCUUGAAAAUUUCAUUACAUUUGCCGAUUCAGGGCGCGAUACGGCCUGCUAAGCUGGUGUAUGAGGCCAAUAGACACGAUGGGGCGGGAAUUGCACCAUGUGCCAGAAUCGCAAAAGGACCGGCGGAGGAAGACCCGUUUCUUGCGACAACCGACGAACAGGAAACCACUUUCGGGCCGUUUAAUUCUUGAUCAUAGAAUAAAAGGCGAUAUUGGUGUGCUUUCCGAUGAUUUGGUUCUUGACCUUUUCCCUCACUUGAAUACAAGCGGAAAUAUUCCCGAUACAUUAUACGUGGCUGUGGCUCCAUGGAUACCGCGAUUUUCUGCGGUCGAGGAUAUCACUUGGACAAUCAUCCCGGUUCGCACCCAGUUCAACGAUAAGUCAAAGGCUGCUACCACGAUAUCGCAUUCGACUGUGCAUUUUCCAGUCACUGGAAAUUCCAUUCAGUCCUUUCUCCAAGCUUUGCAGACUGUUGACCCGCCGAGAAACUCGCUCCUUGCACAUCGUGGAAUCGAAAUUUACAUUUUGGACGUUGCCCCUCUUCAUCUUGAUACUGUCUAUGUAACGGUUGAGAAAAAUCUAUUGCGCGAUUUUGAUGAAGUGCAAAGCCGAUUCGGCGGCGGAUUCAAUGGUGAAAGUGGUCGUCUAUGGACAAAAGGGAAAGCGAACUCGCUUGUCCCAGUUCGAGUAGCGGAAACGAACUCAAAAGAGGCACGAACGGAGAGAGAAGAACGGCUGAUGGCCGCUGUUAGAGGAGCACUGUCUGCUCAGAAGAUUCUACACGCGGGUGAUGUUAUGCCGCUUCCCUUGCCUCCUCACCCAAUCACCCAUAACCCUCUUCCUCCAGCGAGAAUAUCCUUCUGUGAGCCCGUUUCGCAGGGCUUUCUGGUCCCCACAACCAAAGUUGUGCUCAUCCAAAGUCGGUCGCAGCAGCAAUCUCGGACUACUAAAGGCUUAACAUCCCCCCGAUUUAACCUUCUAAAUCAGGUCGCGGAAGAUGAAGGGGAAGACACAAAUGAGCAAUUUUACUCCGCGGCUGAGGACAGGCCAGUAGAGAGUGGCACGGAUUUCGAAAGCGCAAGUCCACCAGACGAGUCAGAUACGGAUGCAUCUGUUCAUAGUCUAAGUGAAAUGUCUGAUGAUUCAUUGGAUGACAUGAUUUCGCUGGCCGCUCCUGAGUUGCCUCAGCAGCCCUCUGGGGUGAUGUCGGUCUUGUCAUCAGCGACUCCUCGACCGGGCGGAAAGCGAUACGAUGUCCACACUCCGGGAUCGGUUCUCUCUGGCUUUACAUCCGGUACUGCACGCCAGGGAAGACUCGGAGGGAAAGUUUUCCGUGCGGAAUGCCUUUUGGACAAAAUUUCGAACGAGAUUCUCCACCCAAAACCACGAGAUGACGAUGACAUAGAGGCAUUUGUGUUCGUCGAUGUGCAGGCUCUUGUGAAAAUUGGCUGCUUUUCUGGGGAUUGGGUUCGAAUUGAAGCUUCUGGGGAGCCCCAGCGCAAUAUGCUCGCCUCCUUGAAGUUUGGAAGUCUGAAUGGAUUGGGAGAAACCGGAGAAUCCGACGACUGGAGGAUCGCGAAAGUCUACGGAAUUUCGGGGCUUUCACCACCCAAAUUGCGCUACUCGAUAAACCACGAUAGACGAUCAAGCAUCUCACACAUGCCCUCUCAUAGUUUGACACCUACCGUUUUGGUUCCACCUAUUCUGCUUCAUAACAUGCAGAAUCCUAAAUAUCUGAAAUUAUCACCACUGCCCACGCAUACGCCUCACCAACCUCAUACAGCCUCGCGGCUUGGUCCAAGCCAGCAAAAAGGUGGUUCCACCAAGGCACCUCCGGUCGCUAAAGAAGUUACGUUGUUAAAGAUUUCGACACCGCUCUCUAUGAAUAGAGCAUUACAGCCUGCACUUUUCGGGGCUCUAAAGCGCCAUUUCGAAUUGAAACGACGCUUAGUCAAGAGCGGUGAUAUUGUCGGCAUUAGUGUGGACGAGGGAUUGGGAAAAACCAUCUUCUCAACGAGCAAGUCACCCGAAGCUGCUGGUCAGGAUGAGGAAUUAAUGGCGCAACUUGAAUUUUCCUCUGAUUCUGCCUCUUGUGCACCAAGCGGAGCAAAGAAAAUUGGAGUUGCUUGGUUCCGGGUCAGUCAUGUUGCAACGCCAACCGGAGAGACUGCCGAUGUUUUAGAACAAGAACAGUGGGGUGGUGUGGCGAUAAUUGAUUGUCUCAACACCAGGAUGGUCCAAGCUGGAAGCGAGAUCGGCACUGUGCCAAAAACUCACGGAAACACUUGGGAGUACUGGCUGGGUGUGAAGUCACUCCCACGUUCCAAUACUGAACAGCCAGGGGUUCGCGGAACUUUAAUGGAGCCGCCGAGGAAACAUAUUUCUCAAACACAGCGGCGAGUACGGGAUCUUAUAGCUGCAGCUACGAGCCCUCGAGCUAUUCAGCUUGGCAUGAAACCAGUCGUCAUCCUUUUGACUUCUACGCAGCGGAGUAUUGGGAAAUCAACAGUUGCACGCAAUGCAUGUGCAGAUAUAGGCCUCCACACUUUCACAAUUGAUGCUUACGAUAUCCUUGCGGAAGGUGGAGCGAACGGUGGAGAUGUGAAAACCGAAGCAUACUUAAAAGCGAGGGCAGAUAGAGCCUUUGCAUGUGGUGCAGACUAUGUGGAGAAAAUUCCGGAGGGAAUUCGAAGCUUGUUCACACAUGAAUUGGAAAUGACCGCUCCGGAAGAAAAGGAAAGAGAGGGCAUUCUCCAGAACGCCGUCGCAGAUUUGGGCGUGAGACUUUCCCCCGACGUAGAUCUUUCUUCGGUUGCGGUGAAAACAGCUGCGUUGGUCGCUGGUGACUUAGUCGACGUGGUCGAAAGAGCGGUGGCUGCACGGACGCUCCGGCUGGAGAAACUUGCUGAAGCUGCUGCCUGUAGCCCUGAAGGGUCGAAGGCUACGGUUAUAGAUGUUGAGAUUUCCGGCGGGGACGCGGCGCGAUGCGUCACGAAGGCUGACUUCGAUGCAGCUGUCGAUGCCGCCCGUAAGAACUUUGCUGAUUCCAUUGGCGCUCCGAAGAUUCCUAAUGUCACAUGGGAUGACGUUGGUGGUCUGACCAAUGUAAAAGAUGCUGUGAUGGAGACUAUUCAACUGCCUCUGGAACGACCGGAGCUCUUCGCAAAGGGAAUGAAAAAGCGGAGUGGUAUAUUGUUUUACGGCCCUCCUGGAACUGGAAAGACAUUACUGGCCAAGGCCAUUGCCACCGAAUUUUCCCUCAACUUCUUCUCCGUUAAGGGCCCGGAGCUGCUUAAUAUGUAUAUUGGAGAGUCGGAAGCGAACGUCCGACGUGUGUUCCAGCGUGCAAGAGACGCACGGCCUUGCGUUGUUUUCUUCGAUGAGCUCGACUCAGUUGCGCCCAAGCGUGGCAACCAAGGUGAUAGCGGUGGUGUUAUGGAUCGUAUUGUCAGCCAACUGCUUGCCGAGCUUGAUGGUAUGAGCAGCGGUGACGAAAAUGGCGGUGGCGUUUUUGUCAUUGGCGCUACUAACAGACCGGAUCUCUUGGAUGCUGCUUUGCUCCGCCCCGGUCGUUUUGACAAGAUGCUCUACCUAGGUGUCUCGGACACCCAUGCCAAACAAACCACUAUCUUGGAAGCGCUCACUCGAAAGUUUACCUUAGACCCUGAUAUUUCGCUGGGGCGCAUCGCAGAGCGACUACCGUUUACAUAUACUGGAGCUGAUUUAUAUGCACUCUGUUCUGAUGCUAUGCUCAAGGCCAUCACGCGCCAAGCUUCAGCCGUGGAUGAGAAGAUCAACGCACUUCCCGGCGGCCCUGUAAGCACAGCAUACUUCUUUGAUCAUCUUGCAAGCCCCGAGGAUGUUGCGGUUAUGGUAACGGAGGAAGAUUUCUUCGCGGCGCAGCAGGAGCUAGUUCCAAGUGUUAGUGCAAAAGAACUAGAACACUUCGAGCGCGUGCGCCGUACAUUUGAGUCUGUGGAUACGGCGAAGAAAUCUGAUAAAGAGCGAGCGAAACUUGCUCUGACGAAUGGUUCGGCUAAAGGCCCCUCGCGUAUGAAUGGGCUCGCUGUUUCACAAGUUGAGCACCAGCCAGACGGGAAACUAGAAAUGCCGAAAGACAAUGAUGAUGACGAUGAAUAUAUCAUCCGGACCGACCACUUGAAGGAACCAACAGAAAAGGAUUAUUUCCCCUCAUCAGACGCGUCGAAAUAAAUGGAAAUGACAUUAUAUGCACAUCAGGAUAGUGCGCGCUAUACCAGUUGGUGGUUUUAUGAGUCCCAAGAUUUCUAAGACAAUAUAUACUUGUGUAUACCUAGGCGGCAAGAUUUAUGUUCUCUAUGGCAAUGUAUUGAUAAUCGAGUUACUUUGUAUAAGUUAAACAUCCUGUUCCAUUGACCAAAGAUAGAGUGAUUCUGCCAAGAUUGUG